AUGAUGCGUCGCAUGGGCACAGCGAGCGAGUGGUUUCCGCCGCCCGGCGACGCCAACGAGCAGUUCUGGCAGGGCGCCAACGGCGACGGCGCCGGGGCGGCCAACGGAAACGGAGCGGCGGACGAGGAGCAGGAGGGUGCAGCGGGCAGCGGCGGGCCGUACACUGGGUACGUGCCGAAUCCGACGGGCACGAACCACCAACUGCCGGUGAUCGUGCAAUUCCACGAGGGCGCGUUCGUGACCGGCAGCAAGGACUCCGCGUGCAACGACACCUUCUGCCGCCGACUCGCACGGGUGUGCAACGCGAUCGUGGUGGCGGUGGGGUACCGGUUAGCGCCGGAGCACAAGUGUCCGGCGGCGUACGACGACGGGUACGAGGUGCUCAAGUGGCUGUCGCGCCAGGCCAUCCUCGCUGACGCCGAGGCCGACGUGCGCUCCUCGCAUGCCCAGCAGGGCGGGGAAGUGGGAGCGGGCGAUGAGAUGAGGGGGUUGACAACGCGGCUGGUGCAGGAGCUACCAGACCCAUGGCUCGCCGCACACGCUGAUGUGCACAGGUGCAUUCUCCUGGGCGUGAGUGCGGGUGCGAACGUGGCAGACCAGGUGGCACGGCGCUGCGUCACACCGCACGGGGUGAACGAGCUGCAGCCACUCGUGGUGCUGGGGCAGGUGCUGCUGUACCCUCUUUUCGCGGGGUCCAUGCCAACACCCAGUGAGAUGAAGGCGCGAGACGCCUACUUCUUUGACAAGCCCACGUGCGAGCUGGUGUUCCGCCUCUUCCUGCCCGACGAUGACUUCUCCCUCGACCACCCCGCCGUGAACCCACUGCUGCGCGAGCACCUGCCGCCGGGCAUGCCGGCCACACUGCUGGUGGUGGCGGACCACGACAUCCUCACUGACCGCGCCAUCGCCUACUCCGUCUUCCUCAAAAACUUCGGCAUUGAUGUGCAGGUGAACAGCUACAAGGACGUGGUGCAUGGGUUUGCAACAUAUGAGGGCAUGGUGAACACGCCACAGGCAGAGGCAUGUGCGGAGGACAUUGCGAUGUGGAUCGCCAAGCAUGUCUCUACGCGCUCCGAUGCUACAGAGAUGUCCUACUGA